CAUCCUCAAUUCAAUUUCCACAGAUCUCGUCGGAUCUGCUCAUCCCGAUCUUCACAAAUUUCUUAAUUCCGUCUCCAAUUGAUUGUCUCUCAGAACAAAGAGCGGCGGGAGAGAAGGAAACUCUGGAACUAUCGUGUUGGAAGCAUCGGCUUAGAUCGAAAUGGCGGCAGGUGGAUUUGUGAGCCGGGCUUUCGAGUCGAUGCUCAAGGAGUGUGCUGGCAAAAAGCAUCCCGAUCUUCAAAAGGCUAUUCAAACUUAUCUAGAUGGUCCUAAGCAAACAAUUCAGCAUUCUUCAUCCAGUGAGCCAGACCAAGCAGCGCCUCCCACUGGAGAUGGAAGUUCCCAUGAAACUGAAACUGUAGCUGAAAAAACUGGAACAGAACCUGAUGGAUCAAGCACAGUUUCAGAAAAUGCGGGGGAUACUGAACAUGGUAGUAAGCCAACAGGUGCAAGUGGAACUAUAAUAACUGCCUUAGCAAAUGCAGGAUACACCUUGGAAGGGGCUGAGGUGGAGCUUGUUUUAAAUCCUCUUCAACUGGCAUUUGAGACAAACAACUUAAAAAUCCUUGAAUCUGCUUUGGAUUGUCUUCAUAAACUAAUUGCCUACGAUCAUCUGGAGGGAGAUCCAGGUUUAGAUGGCGGUAAAAAUGUUCCUCUGUUUACCGACAUUCUGAAUAUGGUUUGUGGUUGUGUUGAUAAUUCUUCACCUGACAGCACAAUUCUGCAAGUGUUGAAGGUACUUCUUACUGCUGUAGCAUCCACUAAGUUCCGAGUCCAUGGGGAACCUUUGCUUGGAGUUAUCAGAGUCUGCUACAAUAUUGCUCUUCACAGCAAGAGCCCGAUAAACCAAGCGACAUCAAAGGCAAUGUUAACACAGAUGAUUAGCAUCGUAUUUAGGAGAAUGGAGGCUGAUCCAGUUUCUACUUCAUCUAGUUCGUCUGAUCAUACUGAAGCUGCUUCAAUGGAGAAUUCUGCCUCAAAAGCUGAAAAAACUUCCUCAAAUGAUCAAAAUGAUGAUGAAAUGACUUUAGGGGAUGCACUUAUUCAGGUCAAGGAUACCACACUUGCAUCUGUUGAGGAACUUCAGAACCUUGCUGGUGGUGCUGAUAUUAAGGGUUUAGAGGCUGCUCUUGACAAAGUUGUGCAUGUUGAGGAUGGUAAGAAAAUCACAAGAGGGAUUGAUCUUGAGAGCAUGAGUAUUGCUAAGCGUGAUGCAUUACUAGUGUUCCGCACCCUUUGCAAGAUGGGUAUGAAGGAGGAUACUGAUGAGGUCACAACCAAGACACGCAUUCUGUCUCUUGAACUUCUGCAGGGUUUAUUGGAAGGGGUUAAUCAUUCAUUUACAAAGAACUUUCAUUUCAUUGAUUCAGUGAAAGCAUAUCUCUCAUAUGCUUUGUUGCGGGCUUCCGUUUCACAUUCCCCCGCCAUUUUUCAGUAUGCUACUGGGAUAUUUGCUGUGCUUUUGUUGCGAUUCCGAGAGAGUCUUAAAGGUGAAAUUGGUGUCUUUUUCCCCUUGAUUGUUUUGCGGUCAUUGGAUGGUUCAGACUUCCCCAUUAACCAAAAAAUGAGUGUUCUUCGGAUGCUUGAGAAAGUUUGCAAGGAUCCCCAGAUGCUUGUUGAUGUUUAUGUGAAUUACGACUGUGAUCUAGAGGCACCAAACUUAUUUGAACGCAUGGUCACGACUCUGUCUAAAAUAGCUCAAGGGGCACAAAAUGCUGACCCGAACCCUAUUGCUGCCAACCAGACUACUUCAAUUAAGGGUUCUGCACUCCAGUGUCUUGUCAAUGUACUGAAGUCACUGGUUGACUGGGAGAAAUCUCGAGGAAAGUCGGAAAGGAAGAGGGGAGGAAGCUGGUCUCCUGAAGAAGAUCCUACUGGAGAAUCUGUUGAGUUAAAAAGCAGGGACGAUGUUCCCAGUAACUUUGAGAAGACAAAAGCCCAUAAAUCUACCAUGGAAGCUGCCAUCUCUGAGUUCAACAGGCAACCAGUGAAGGGUAUUAGGUACCUGAUAUCAAAUAAAUUGGUGGAAAAUAAUCCUGCCUCAGUUGCCCAAUUUCUAAGAAAUACUCCCAGCCUGGACAAGGGAAUAAUCGGUGAUUAUUUGGGUCAACAUGAGGAGUUUCCCCUUGCCGUCAUGCAUGCUUAUGUCGAUUCAAUGGCAUUUGCAGGAAUGAAGUUUGAUACUGCAAUACGAGAAUUUCUUAAAGGAUUUCGUCUUCCUGGGGAGGCUCAAAAGAUAGAUCGCAUCAUGGAAAAGUUUGCAGAAAGGUAUUGUGCUGAUAAUCCAGGUCUUUUCAAGAAUCCAGACACUGCAUAUGUUCUUGCAUAUGCAGUUAUAAUGCUGAACACUGAUGCCCAUAACCCCCUGGUCUGGCCUAAAAUGUCAAAGUCAGACUUUAUUCGUAUGAAUGCAACAAAUGAUCAUGAAGAGACCGCCCCUACUGAACUUCUGGAAGAGAUAUAUGAUUCGAUUGUUAAAGAAGAGAUAAAAAUGAAAGAUGACGUAAGUGGCAUUGGGAAAGGUGUCGGGCAAAAGCCAGAGGGAGAAGAGAGAGGUCGUCUUGUUAGUAUCCUUAACCUGGCUCUACCUAAACCAAAAUCAGCAGUUGAUGCUAAGUCUGAAAGUGAAGCAAUAAUUAAGCAGACACAGGCUAUCAUCAAAAACAAAGCAGCAAAGAGAAUUUUUUACACUGCAGAGAAGAUUGUACUUGUGAAGCCCAUGGUUGAAGCUGUAGGAUGGUCGCUGCUUGCUACCUUCUCUGUUACAAUGGAGGAAGGUGAAAAUAGGGCGAGGGUUGUUCUUUGUAUGGAAGGAUUUAAAGCUGGGAUACAUAUCACAUAUGUCCUUGGAAUGGAUACAAUGCGUUAUGCCUUUUUAACAUCUCUGGUCAGGUUUACUUUCUUGCAUGCCCCAAGGGAUAUGCGUAGUAAAAAUGUGGAAGCAUUGCGGACUCUAUUGGGUUUAUGCGACUCCGAACCUGACUCUCUUCAAGACACGUGGAAUGCUGUUCUUGAAUGUGUUUCUCGGCUUGAAUUUAUUACGACAACUCCUGCAAUUGCUGCAACUGUCAUGCAUGGAUCAAAUCAGAUAUCCAGGGAUGCUGUUGUGCAGUCACUGAAAGAAUUGGCUGGGAAACCUGCUGAACAGGUUUUUACAAAUAGUGAAAAAUUGCCUAGUCAUUCAGUUGUGGAGUUCUUCACUGCUCUCUGUGGUGUAUCAGCAGAAGAACUAAGACAAACCCCAGCUCGUGUUUUCAGCUUGCAGAAGCUUGUUGAGAUCAGUUAUUACAAUAUUGCUCGUAUACGUAUGGUCUGGGCUAGAAUAUGGACUGUCCUUGCAGAUCAUUUCAUUUCUGCUGGCAGCCACGCUGAUGAAAAAAUUGCUAUGUAUGCCAUAGAUUCUUUGAGGCAGCUUGGUAUGAAGUAUUUGGAGCGUGCUGAAUUGACCAAUUUUACUUUUCAAAAUGAUAUUCUUAAACCUUUUGUCGUUCUCAUGCGGAAUAGUCGAAGUGGAACUGUAAGGAGCCUUAUUGUUGACUGCAUUGUUCAGAUGAUAAAAUCAAAGGUUGGAAGCAUAAAAUCUGGAUGGCGAAGUGUUUUCAUGAUUUUCACUGCUGCUGCAGAUGAUGAUUUGGAACCAAUUGUUGAAAGUGCAUUUGAGAACGUGGAACAGGUUAUACUGGAACACUUUGAUCAAGUUGUUGGAGAUUGUUUUAUGGACUGUGUCAACUGUCUUAUUAGGUUUGCCAACAAUAAAACUUCUCACCGUAUAAGUUUGAAGGCUGUGGCCCUUCUCCGUAUAUGUGAAGACCGUCUAGCGGAGGGACGUAUUCCUGGUGGCGCUCUUAAACCAAUUAAUGCUGAUGGUGACACGUCGUUUGAUGUAACUGAGCAUUAUUGGUUUCCAAUGCUGGCUGGUUUGUCUGACCUGACAUCAGAUUCAAGACCUGAGGUUAGGAGUUGUGCACUUGAAGUUUUGUUUGAUUUGCUGAAUGAAAGAGGUAGCAAAUUCUCAACAUCAUUUUGGGAGAGCAUUUUCCAUCGUGUCUUGUUUCCCAUGUUUGAUCAUGUGAGACAUGCCGGAAAGGAGAGCUUAAUUUCCUCUGGGGAUGUGUUGUUCCGUGAAAGCAGCAUUCAUUCUCUUCAGUUGUUGUGCAACCUUUUCAACAUUUUCUACAAGGAGGUAUGCUUUAUGCUGCCACCACUCUUGAGUUUGCUGUUGGACUGUGCUAAAAAGUCAGAUCAGACUGUUGUUUCAAUUUCUCUUGGGGCGUUGGUCCAUCUCAUAGAGGUUGGAGGACACCAGUUCAGUGAGAGUGACUGGGAUAUGUUGUUGAAGAGCAUAAGGGAUGCAUCGUACACAACACAACCGCUUGAGCUACUCAACACAUUGGGACUACAGAAUCCAAUGAACCCCUCAAUUUUAAGAGAUUUAAAGGUUUAUACAGAUGGUGAAAUUUAUCAGUUUGGUUCUACUGAUAAUGGGAAGACUUCACCAGUUGCAUCUCCAAGCGGCGCAAGGAAUACUAACGCAUCUCUUUCACAAGACCACAAUCAAGAAUUACAAUCUAUUCCAGAUGGAUAUGAAGUUCUUGUAGGUGUCCCCUCACCAUCAGGUAGAGCUCAGAAGUCUGCUGAAGCUGGGAAUCUACAACGAAAUCAAACAAUAGGUCAAAGAAUCAUGGGAAAUAUGAUGGAUAACAUAUUUGUUAGAAGUUUUACCUCAAAACCAAAGAGUCCUACAUCAGGGACUCCAGUUCCAUCUUCACCACUGAAGGUUCCUGAUUCUGCUGAUGAGCCCGAAGCUAAAGAUGAGGAGGAAAGUCCACUGAUGGCAGCUGUUAGGGGCAAAUGCAUCACUCAGUUAUUACUUCUUGGUGCUGUUGAUAGCAUUCAGAAAAAAUACUGGGAUAAUUUGAAAGUAACUCAGAAGAUUGCCGUAAUGGACAUCGUGCUAUCCUUACUAGAGUUUGCCGCUUCAUAUAAUUCAUUUACUAAUCUCAGAACACGCAUGCACCAUAUUCCUGCGGAAAGGCCCCCUCCAAAUCUUCUUCGUCAGGAGUUAGCGGGAACUUGCAUUUAUCUGGAUGUCUUGCAAAAAGUAACAUCGGGACUUAAUGACAAUAACGGACAACAUCUAGAAUCUAAUGGGACUCCCGACACUGAAGAAACGAAAUUGGAAGGAAUAUCAGAGCAGAGGCUGGUGUCUUUCUGUGAACAGGUACUCAGGGAUGCAACUGACCUCCAGUCUACUGUAGGGGAAACUAGCAAUGUGGAUGUUCAUCGGGUUCUGGAGCUGCGGUCUCCAGUCAUUAUUAAGGUGCUUAGAGGCAUGUGCUACAUGAACAAGAAGAUUUUCAGAAGACACCUCAGGGAUUUUUAUCCUUUGCUCACAAAACUUGUUUGCUGUGACCAGAUCGGUGUUCGUGGAGCACUCGGUGAUCUUUUCAGGAUACAGUUGAAAGCUCUGCUUCCAUGAAGAGUUAUAAUGUCUAUUUUUUAGCAGCUUUCUGAGGAAUGAAUUUCAGCGUUGUUGCGAAUUGCAUUGGAUCAUAGCCACUGUUGUGUAUUAUUAUCUGGCUGAA